AUGGCGGCGGCGGAGGGUUUUGGGGAGGGGCUGGGGCCGCUGAGUAUCUACAAGGCGUCGAGAAACAUCAAGCGGAGGGAAAACUGCCUCCUUUACAACGCCCUCCGCUCCGUCUACGAGGACGCCGUUUUCGUGGCGGAGAUCGCCCAGUUGUGGCCGGAGCUGCCGCUCCUCGCCAAUCUCCGAUGCGGGCUCUGGUACUCCUCUCGCGUCCAAGGCACCUGCUACUUCAAGUCAACGGACGGCCACAAUAACAACUGGUCCUUCAGCACGUCGCGGCUCAAUCUCCACGUUGCCACCCUCGCCGGUAAUUAACGAGAGACACUCAUCUCUGGCUACAGCGACCUGGAUCGUAACCUCUGGUUGCCCAAUUUGAUGCGUUUCUCGUCAAUUAUUUGAUUUCGGAUGUAUGUUUUCUGUCGAUUUCACUGGUAGGGCAGAAAGGUGGUUGCCUGAUCGUGGAUUCCACGAGGAAGGGGAAGCGCUUCCCCGACAGCAUGUCGAAGACGAUACCCAUAUGGGCCUGUAUUCUAAAUCGUGCUAUCGCGAACCGAUUGCGUGUGAGAAACUCUGGGUGCGGCCAGAAAGAUGGUGGAAUGGUGAGGCCAAACACCCUGAGAUCUGAUGUUCUUCCUCCUCCCCUCAUCCCACGUGCUUCCAUUCAAAGAUCUGGUCGGUGUUGACGCAGGAGGAAUGCUGUGCGCCUGAUAAGACUGCAAGCAGUAACGGCCGUCAGGGCUGGGAGGAUUGGGACACUUCUCUGCAUCUCCCUCUCUGGGUCUCCAACGCUGAAAGAGCAGCGAUAGAGGAUCGUCUCGAGGAAUGGACACGGCAGCUCGAAGAUUGCGGUGCCGACAUUGAUUCAUUGGUGUUAUCCCUUCGAAAGCCUCUCCGGCCCCUUUGGGUUUCUCAGACGACCGUCGUCUGGUUGAACGAAGUUCCCGACAGCGAUUCCUGGGCUUUUACCCCGAUAAUCCUGGUUUCUGCGUCUUCCUCCAAUGGGAUCGCCCCGCAUCGUUCAACCUGUGAGUUCAGCUGGCAUUACAUACCUGGAGCGGGAGAUGACGAGGAGAGCUGGGCAAGGGGCCUGUCUCCAGGCUUGUUCUGGAAGCACGCACUUGAGCUCAUCCAAUCAGGGCCCGAUUCGUGUAACCAGAAAGUUUCUGAGCUCGUAGAGAAGGACAGAGUUUAUCGUGCCCGAAGGGGAUUUGAUGCGCCCCAGUUACCGAUCAAGUUUCACAAGAGAGUAGCAGACGAUGGUCUGCCCAGUGGAGAACCUAUCGUUGACUUCCAGUUGUCGGAUUCUGGAGUCAGAUCAGGUCCGCCUAGCUUAACAUCCACGGAUCACUAUCAAUGCUCGGUUUCCUGGGUGGGCUCGACUAAUCUUGCUGUUGGAGCAACGGCAGAUGGUACGUCAACCCUUCAUUCCUUUCUUUGUUCAUCGUCGAAAGGCUUCUCCUUUCUUUGGUAUUAGAAUGGCUAUCAGAACGAUAUCAUCCACUCGACUGCUACUGAUAUUACCCUUGUCUCAGUUUCUUAAUUUCUAAUCUGUUUCCUAUUCAUCGAGCAGUUGACUACGUAUCCAAUAGCGUUGACUGUGUUCUGGACUGUGACAUUGGAUCACGAUCUCCCCGUAGCUCGGAAUCCUCAGAUGCCACUGCUUAUCUGCACCUGCCUAUUAAGGUGAGUGUCAUGAUUCGCUUCUUCUUAAAAGUCAUCAACCUCACUACCUGACCGGGCAUCUGACUUUCUCCAAUUUCUGACAGACUUCAAAGGUUGACCGGUUUUCCUUGCUCAAGAAUCUUCCCUCUGCGCUGAAAUUCGCCGAAUCAAACCUAAGUAGAGGGAGGAAAUUGCUAAUUUCUUGUCAUAACGGUGAGCCCAACAAUCGCACUAAUCUGGUUCGCACGCGUUCUGCAAUUAGCCGAACUAAUCACUCAGAUUUGUCGAUUCUUUCUAUAAAUGUUGCAGGAGAAGACAUAAGCAUCUGCGUAUGCCUUGCUGUAUUCACAUGUCUGUUUGACGAAUGGGGUAUGGUUUUCUGUCCCUUGUGA